AUGAUAGAAGCACCACAUAACGUCACAGCACCCAGCACUCGCGCCAUUGCGCAAAUCAGCAAGUUGGGCGAUGAUAUCCUGUGGUCGACGUUCAUGCUGAAUGGGGAUAUGGAUCAAGACAUCCCAAGGAUCGAAUUCGAUGCUCUCUCGCAGUGGGGGCCGCGUGCUCUUACCAUUACCCGCGACACAUCCCACGUCUGCCGGUCGUGGCGCGCCAUAAUAUUUUCCUCGCCAUCGAUAUGGGGAAAAUUAAUCGAUGUGGACUACCUAUGCCGUCUCAGCCCUCGGUGGAGCGAAGAGAUCAUGCGCCGGACAGUGGAUGCCCCGUUGACCGUCACAGGUUACAGUUUCCACCGCAGCGACGACGCCUCUACACUCUUGUCGUAUUGGGACAGAAUAGAAAACAUUGAGCUCACCGUCUGGGAACUCAGCCCGUUUGUGGAGAGAUGUUGGAGUAUGCUCUGUCAGCCGUCGCCGUCACUCAAAUCCUUCGUAUGUCGAGCAAACUCUGGGAACAAGCAACCCUAUGGCGUCAGCGAGGUCGGAAGGAAGAUACUGGACGGUUUCGCCCCUCGUCUAUCCAUUUUUGCCUUCACGGGUCCGAUCGAAAUCGAUCCUAACGUGUUCCUGUUAUCGCGCCUGCGUUCCCUGCACAUCAUGAUGACGUCGCAAACCGGCACAACUCCUCUCUCAACCUGGCUGCAAAGCCUGAAAACUAUGCAUUCCCUCGAGCACUUGGCCGUAUAUUCGGCAUUCAAAGUGCCCACCACCGAUAAUUCUGAUCUCUCCACUGUCUAUCUACCACAUCUCGUCUCCCUACAUGUCAACCAUACGCUAUUCGAGGCUGCGUCGUUUGUCGCCCAUCUCGAGGUUCCGGCCACCUGCUGCACGACUCUAGAUGCAACAGGUGCAUCAUCCGCCAGCGCAAUUUCCCGAAAAACUUUCAUAAAUAGCGCUCUCAAAACUUAUUCGCAACACUGGGUCACACAUAAUCAGGAUCUAACGGAGCUCGUAGUUGACAUAACCGACUCAAAAUUCCGAAUAGCUCAGUUUUCUGGCUCCUCCGGCAUCAUAAUAUUCCAGCUAGGGAUCGACUGUGGCGACGAAGCUGAAUUGCCAGCCAUCUUCCCUUACGUGGAGUUCUUUCGUGAAGACGACUUCAGUCACAUUACCCUCCUCCAGCUUACCGCCAGGCAUUUUUUUGAAUUACGGCUCGAUGAACGCUCUCGCAGAUUUUUGUGUUUGUUCAGCAGCGUCGAAAUCCUCGAGACAGAUAUGCAUUCCAUCGACACUGAUGAAGAUUCCGCGGGGCGACCAACCCAUCCUAUUUCCACGACUUCUGAGGUUGCUCGACUUUCAGGUUCUCAUCCCAAGUACUGGAGAGGACGGUUUCGAUGCAGUGGACAAUGGCACAACUGUCGGAAUUAUGUUUUUGGAGCAGCGGAAGGCGGAAAUUUAUCCUGUAGCGGUUCUUGA